AUGGGGCCGCCAAGUGGGAAGGCCACCAUCCCCCUCUUCAUGUACAGCAUAGCAACCACGGCGAUCGUUUAUCAGAAUUAUAUUUUUAUUGCCUUCUUGUUUAAGAAGUAUAGAGCGUACGAAUGGCUGUGCACAGGAGAGAGUAGCCAGAUGGGGGGAGACUUCUUUGUCUGCAAGGAGCAGGAAAACUACAUUCAGUUUUUGCUAGUGUCAGGGUUAAUCAUUCAGUUCAUUUCUGGCUCUGUUGGAAGUAUACUGAUUAAUGUUUUGUCCAAGAAGAAGUAUGUGUCGCGCGUGGCCUUCGCCUUUUUGUUCGCGGGGUGGACGUUCCUCAGUGUUGCCCUUUCCUAUUCGAAGCACUACAUGCAAGGGUACUCGCCGAUUGGCACUAAUGGCGAAAUCGUCGAUGGCUUGGGGACUCGACGAGGGGCCUUCCAAACCAUUUCGCUCCUAUUCAACCUCGCAUUUGCCUGCUUCGGCAUCGGGUCGGACAACUCCUACCUGCCUAUCAUAUACUACGUUAACGAGAAGUAUCCAGUGGAACGGGGGGAAAGGGCACGCAAAGGUGGCAAAGCGGAAGGGGAAAAUGGCCACACGGGAGGAGAGAGAGGCCCCACGGGGAGCGCAAAUCAUCGAGGCGAAAGCAAACUAAGUGCCUUAAAAAAUCUUUUGAAGAACAAAAAUUACAUCCUCAUCAGCACCAUGUCUUCCCUGGCCGUGCUAAGCCUCUUCGUGGGCAACGUGCUGCUGGCCGCGCUUAACGCAUUCGAAGGGGAAAAAAACAACAUCACCGUGGUGGUGGCUCUGUACAUCUUGGUGUGCAUCGUCCCCUCGUUCUUCAUUGCGAAUUUGCUGGAUGCGAGAGAGGAAGGAACUAGCGAAAACGUGGCGACCACCCAGCUGUGCGGGAAGAUCCACCUGGACGCCCUGAAGAACCAAGUGAAGUCGCCAUUUUAUCAAUUCAUCGUGAUCGAGUUCUUCACCAUAACGUUCAGCAUUUGCUAUUUCAUGUUUUCCCUGUUUGACAUUUACGAGCACAGCGUAUUUGGAGACACGCUAAACAUAUACUCCCUCGUGUUGCCAUCAAGCUUUAUCAUCACCUUAACAUUUGGCAUAAUAGCUGACAUUAUAAGCAUAUACAAUUUUAUAGGCCUCAAUUUAGUUCUGGGCAUUUCAGUUUUCUCUCUAACGUUUGUUUACUACAAAACGGCGAGUGUAUUUGUUGGCUACCUAUCAUUGAUCAUUUAUUUUUUUCACCAAAGUUUUUUUGCAAACCAUAUGUACAUGUACAUGUCGACUGUCUUUGGGGAAAACAAUUUUGCAGUCCUGAUUGGAAUAAUUAACGCAUUCGCAUCUGUUGCCUUUUUCCUUUCCUUUAAAUCUUUCGAAUACAUUAAGUAUCACGGAGGGCAUGUCCACUCCCAGGUGCUUACUCAAAUGAUCAUUCUUUCCUACGUGCUGUUGUUUCUUUUUCACGUUUUUUACAUAAAGAGGAAGGGUGCAAGUGGACAGUUCAUGAAGACGAAGGAAGGCGCUUCCGAAGUGGCACAAACUAAUGUGUAA